AUGUUGAAUACUACCUUGCGUACCAAGCGCAGCAUUGUGGCGCCGCAGCUGCAGGUGCUGGCGGAGAGCGAGUUCCACUCGAUACGCAUGCAGGAGCAGCUGCGAACCCAGGCCAUGAAGGACUUCAGCGCCACCGAGCAGCAGGUAGCACCAUCCUACUUUGUCCCCUCUCUUCAGGAGCUGUGCGCGCAGCGUUUGGCGGACCGCUUUGCUGAGAGCGCAGAGGUGGAUGCUCUGCGGGAGGAGCAGCCAGCCCUCUACGCGAUGGUGCUGGAGCGGCUGCCGGUGCAGCCUGACACAGUGCUUCCGCUGCGCAUCACUGUCCCGCGGAUCAUCGAAGAGAAGUACUGGCAGCGCUGCUGCAAGGCCCGCUGGUCGCUGGGGCAGUUGUCACGCAUGACGAAAGGGCAGCGGCUGCGUGAGAAGGAGUACGGGUGGAAGCGCUUGUUCCUCGAGCAGGUCCUUAGCGACUUCCUCAUGGCUCUUGGAAGCGACAGUACUGCGGGGGACGGCGACGGCAGUCUGCUGCCGUCCGGUGCCAUGACUGGGAUAACCGGCAGGGUCCUUGCCGCCUCGCAGAAGGGCACCUCAUCACUGACGUCCGCUGCCACCACGUGUACUUCACAUGACGCCGACGCUAGCCGCUUUGACUUGAGCCUUGACUGUGAGGCCGUCGCCGCGCUGCGUGAGCUGUGCGCCAUCUGCCGUGACUACGUUCACACAGUCGACCUGCCCUGCCAGCUUGUUCACUUUCGCCCCUAUGAGCACCUCUUUGCACAUAUGCCCGGCAUUCUUUCCUUCCGUCUCACCUUCGGCGUGGCGAACCGCGGCGUUCGCGUGGGCGUGACAGACAUGAUUGGCUUUCGCGACGAAGACGCCCAGCUGAUACAGCAGCUGCUGCGGAACUACACCGCACUAGAGUCCCUUCGGCUCCCGUUGAACCGACUAGCGGAUCGGCAUGUGCAGAUGAUUGCGGCAGGCUUAGCGAACUCGACCACGUUGCGCGUCCUUGAUUUUUCGCAGAACUCGCUGACGGACGCCUCAAUCGUCGAGGCGGUGUCGCUGCUGCUCUGCCGACCUGACUUCCCGCUGGAGGAGCUGUACCUCGUCGACAACCAACUCGCGGACGCGGCGGCGACUGCCUUGGCUGAGGCCCUGCGGUACAAUAAGACGCUGCGUGUGCUGCACUUGCAGCAGAACUGCAUCGGCGAUGCCGCGGGAGGGGCUCGGCUGGUGCGCUCCCUGGCAGUGCACCCAACACUGGCGGACAUUAGCCUCGGCAGCAACCGUCUUGGGCCGAGCACCGCCGCGGCGCUGUCAGAGGUGCUUCCUCAACUCACGCAGCUGCGCGUGCUUUGCCUCUCGGGCAACUCGCAGCUUUUUUGUGCCGAGGUGUCCCAGUCAGAUUUCUCCUCGGCUGCCUCUCCUGACGGUGGCGCAGCGGGAAUGACGGUGGCCGCGACUGGCUCCACCUCCUCCCUCCCUUCUGUGCGUUCCGCCGGCCUAUCAGCAGUGUCUGCCAAGGACAAUGAUGCCGAGUCCGUGGAGACCAGUGCGAAAGACGUCGCAGAGGCGAGGGAGGAAAGUGAGGAAGACGAGGCGGAUGUGUCCCUCACCCCUUCGGGGUCGGCGACGGGGGAGGAAUCCCGAGCCACCGUCACGGCGCGCUCUUCGAUGACGACGGUGGCGGGCGAGGAUGUGCCAGCACUGCUGCACGAAGGCCCUCAUGGUCCGAGGAAGCAGAAGAGCGCAUCUCAGCUGCUGUCUUCUGUAGCGCCGCCGCCGUUGGCGCCGAUGACUGGUGGCAUGCUCAUUGCUGCCGCUGUCAAGGCAAACACAUCACUUGUGGAACUGGACGUGCGGUUCUGCGGCUUGACACCUGCCGAGGAGGAAGCAAUCAUACGGGUGGUUCAGGAGCGCAUGUACCAGCACCGAAUGGACACAUCGCUGUCCUUUGAGGCGGAGCAGCGGCGGGCGUUGCAACGCCGUGCAGAGGAGCGGGUAGCGCGCAUGACAGGCCGAAGUCUCUAA